GCUGAAACAAAAGUUGAUUUCAGACAGCAAAAACCUUUGUUUCUCCCUCUUAACUCAUCUAUCUUUCUUCUAUUAGAUAAAGCUGAGACAGCACUAUCCACCAAAUAAAAGAUGAAAAAGAGAAACAAUCUCAAAUCUCUUCACAUGAAAAAACAAAAGAUUCUUUGAUUUUCUUUUCUUUUUCAGUAGUCACAAAGUAAUCGGUACGCUUCUGCUAAUACCACCAUCGUUAAGAGAAAAUAAAAGGAGAUUAUUAUAAACCUCAACCGAUGAUAGAUUACGAGAAAAACAACAACCAUCAGAACUUUCCCUCUUCAUCUUCCCCCGAUCUUCUUCUUGCCAUCAAUGGAGCAGCCGUGAUUAAUAAGAGGAAACGGAGACCAGCAGGGACACCAGAUCCAGAUGCUGAUGUUGUAUCUUUAUCCCCAAGAACCCUGCUAGAGUCAGAUCGGUACGUGUGUGAGAUCUGCAACCAAGGCUUUCAGAGGGAUCAGAACCUCCAGAUGCAUAGAAGAAGGCAUAAAGUACCAUGGAAGCUUCUGAAGAGAGAGAAGAAAGAUGAGGAGGUGAGAAAGAGAGUCUACGUGUGUCCUGAGCCAACUUGUCUGCACCACGACCCAUGCCACGCCCUCGGAGAUCUGGUCGGAAUCAAAAAGCACUUCCGCAGGAAACACAGCGUCCUCAAGCAAUGGGUUUGCGAGAGAUGCUCAAAAGGCUACGCUGUUCAAUCUGACUACAAAGCCCAUCUCAAAACCUGCGGUUCACGCGGUCAUUCAUGCGACUGCGGCCGCGUUUUCUCCAGGGUUGAAAGUUUCAUAGAGCACCAAGAUACUUGCACCAUCCGGGGACCUCAGCCCACCAACCACCGUCCUCUACAUCAGAACACAGAGGGCCAUGCAACUCCAUCAAGAACAUUUUUAACCCCACGCAUUAACCCUUUUUUGCUUGGAGUUCCUUUCUUAAGGCCACCACAAGCGUCGCAUCAACAGUCUCUAGCUUUCGCUUCAUCAGCUCCUUUCGAGAACCUCCAGCUUCAACUAUCCAUAGGAAGGACGAAAACACAAGUGAAAAGAAACGAAAAGGGUGAGUCAAGUUUAACAAUGGAGAGAGCAAUUGAGGAAGCGAGGAGGGCGGAGAAAAUGAGACAAGAAGCGAGGAGGCAGAUAGAGAUGGCACAAGUGGAUUUUGAGAAGGCGAAGAAUAUAAGGAAAGAAGCGAAGGCCGAGCUGGAGAAGGCUCAUGUUGUUAGAGAAGAAGCAAUAAAGAGGAUUAAUGCAACAAUGUUGGAGAUCACUUGCCAUUCUUGCAAGGAUCUGUUUCAGCUCCCCGUUAUGGCUGAUGAGAGUACGUCGUCUCUUGUUACGUGUUAUGUUUCCUCGGCGACAACGGAAGGGGAAGCCGAGUGAUUCAAUACUUCUUCAUACUCACACAAGGGCAAAAGACAACAUUAAUAGUUUUUAAUGAAAUGAUGGUAUUAGUGGUUACCAUGUUGUGGAUCAAUUUUUUACUCUAUGCAUCGUUUGUAUCCACUGAAAAAUUACACUGUAGAUUCCGAGAAUUGUUUGGAACAUCGGUUAAAAAAUUUCCGGUUAUAUAAAUUUCAUUGUAUUGAAUA